AUGACAACACUGUAUCAAGGAUACGUGACGUACGUUGCUUGUCUGCCCUUCACCCUGCGUAAACGAGCCGUCUACUACCGCAAGUGCGACGCGCAGACGUACAACACUAUCUAUUACUUCCUCGGCAUCAUGUUCAUCGAUACUCCCUACGUCUUUGCCAGCAGUCUCCUCUUCACCAUUGUCUUCUUCCCUCUCCUCGGCAUCUGGUCCUUCAGCACGGCUGUGCUCUACUGGCUCAACAUCUCCCUCUCCGUGCUCAUGCAGACGAUCCUGGGCCAGCUGCUCGCCUACUUGCUGUCCAGUGGCAAAGUCGUUGCCGUUGUGGGCGUCCUCAUGAACGUCAUGUUCCUGCUCUUUGCUGGGUUCAACCCACCUGCUGCUGCCAUCCCGGACCGUGACCAAUGGCUCUUUGACGUCACUCCGAAGCGCUAUUCCCUCUUGAUCCUCGUCUCGCUCGCGUUCGGCAUCUGUCCUGAAGAUCCGGUGUUUGGUGAAGUUACGAAGGGGUUCACCAACGCGCGGUCGUAA